AUGAUGAUUGAUCUGAGUGGGACAGAUGAAAGAGACAGGGAAGCACCUAGACCGUCCGAUGAGGAUGGAGCAACAAACGUGGACCAUAGGAUUAGGGGGCCAACGGUUCCGUGUGAACAAGGAGGAGGAAAUUCUUUGGCGCUAAAUCAGGGUAGAUGUCACCAUCCCAUGAUAAGGUGUUGA